AUGCGCUCCACACUCCGGCUACUGGCCAAUGUCAAGCCCCGGUAUUUGGAGCCUUUUGCUCCUACCGGAUUGACAGGCCUUUUCACUCACCCCAGCCCUCGCCCUACUUUAAUCUACCUUUACUCGACUACUCUGCAGAAGUUGCAGGCAUUCCCCGAAUCCUCCGCCUACCGCCAAUCCGUUGAAGCUUUGACCCGCCACCGUCUCCAGGUCAUUGAAUCGCAAAAGCCAGCUGGAUUCGAUGCCUGGUUGGAGCGUGUGCGGAAGACCGUGGGAUCCGAACCUGAGCGGUUCGCCAAGGUCCAGCGCACCGACGGCAGCUUCACCCACGCCGCUGCCCAACAGAAGGAUGGAUCCGACAAUGCUCGUGGCGAAGAAUGGGACGGCGAAAGCCUGUCAGCCACAACUGAGGGUCCCGCCCGUACCCCGCAACAAGAAGCGGAAUGGGCUAAAAUCAUGAGCGAGGCCAGCGAGACCACCGACAAGGCCGAGUUUGACUUCUACCACCAAGAUAUGAAAUGGGAGAGCGAGCCUGCUCUUAAUGCCGACCAGAUCUCCGAAGUCGAACAGCAAAUCGGUGCCGGUCUUAUUGAGGAGAUCAUCCAGGUCGCAGAGACAGAGCUCAAGCUUGUGGAUGAGUUGGCCAAAGCCAAGGUGUGGGAGGAACUUGAGGAGAAGCCCCGACCUGGCCAGUGGACUUACUUCGAGCGCGGUAACUAA